AGAGCGUCUCAAGUUAAUGAUUCCAAUGCCAUGGGAUUUUUGUUUGGAUACCCUUGCGGGCAUCUCGAAAUGGAGGAGUUCAUGGUGAAGUUUAUAGAGGAUCUUAACAAAGAAAAAAAAUUCAAUAAGUUAUGCUUGUCGACCUUUGAUUAAGGGGGUUCCACUUCUAAAGCCAAUUCAAUAUACUCCGUAUAAAAUAUUUUCUCUCCUAAAAUAUUCGGUCGCUCCUAACGGGCGGCACCACCCUUAGCCGCCUGUCAGGCCAUUGUUUUUCCUUUAAUCUAAGUUACUCAUCACCAUCAAGCCGACAACACCUCAAACUUAAUCCCUACCCAUAUUGAAUCACUACCAUUCAAUACUCUUUCUACCCAUUACAUUCCGGUAGAAACAAAUUCCUAUUGGUUUGUGGAAAGUGUCGCACCAAUUUUCAGGGUCUCUUUGGUCGCAGGUCACUCCUGUCGUGUCCUUAGAAGGAUGUCCUUCUCAAUGAAGACUAUAACUCGUGAAGAAAUUGCCCAACAAAGUUUGUUCUACAGAGACGGACAACACUUUAUUUUGCAGGCAAAAAAUUGGGGGUUUAGGAUGUUUGAAAAGAAUGACGUUCGUCCGGUUUGUUUGAAUUUGAUGAAGUUUGCCAUCCACAAGCUGGUGAUGGAUGAGAUGGAAGAGGAGAUCGUGGCGGGACUGAUGGAACCGAAAGGCGGGGGAGGCAUUGGAUUGAGGGGAUGGUGCUGGAUGAGUGUCCGGAGGUGGCGAAGAAGCGCCACCAGUUAACGAGGAGUGUCAAGCUGCUCUAGGAGUCCAAGGAUGUUGUGGCUGCUAUCAUGGAUCGCAUAACCAUGGAUGAUUAGGGGUUAUUAUCUCUUGCUUUUCGAUAUGCAGGUUAAUUAAGGAAGGGGUUUAGACUGUUUUGAUAAUUAGGAUCUCAAGUCUUUGGACCCCUGUUAAGUUAUCUAUUCUGUACUUUUGUUAUGUUUAUCCUACUACUAGCUAGUUUAUUUUCAAAGUUUAACACUCUCACUCAAUGGCUUGUUCACAAACGCAACACUUUUAGGACUUGCUAAGAUAGGGCG